CUUUGUAAUUUGAGAGUCAUUGUUCAUAAUUUUAUUUAACGAGUACUCGAUUUGGGUGGGUUCGAAGUUUGAGUAUAGAUAGGUUCUUUGCUUGGAGUGAGUGCGAGUCAAUUUUUGGUUUCUUGCGUUAGUCUUGGAAGAAACAAACACACCAGUCAAAAAUCAAAAUCUCGAGUUCUUGGAGGGUUUGAGCGAGCUAGUUAGUGUGAGAAAAUAAUUGAAAUGUCUCAGACGAAGAAAUUGACGCCGAAUCUGGAUCAGCAGAGCACGAAGGUGCUGAAUCUCACGGUGCUCCAGCGAAUCGAUCCGUUCAUCGAAGAGAUUCUCUUCACCGCCGCGCAUGUCUCCUUCUACGACUUCAACAUCGAAAGCAACCAGUGGAGUCGCAAGGAUGUUGAAGGAUCUCUCUUCGUUGUCAAGAGGAAUUCACAACCACGGUUUCAGUUCAUCGUCAUGAAUCGACGGAAUACAGAUAACCUAGUGGAGAAUCUAUUGGAUUUUGAGUAUGAACUUAAAAAGCCGUACCUGUUGUAUCGGAAUGCUGCUCAAGAAGUUAACGGAAUAUGGUUUUACAAUCCAGAUGAAUGUGAAGAAGUUGCAAAUCUCUUUAACAGGAUACUUAAUGCAUACCCAAAGACUGCUCCAACUACAGUACUGCCUGUUAACAUAAGUGAGUCUGAGGAACUUCAGCCAGUGUCAAUUAUCCCGGAAAGCCCUCUAGAGUCGUCUUCAGCUACUGCUUCUGCAAUUGAUGCUGUUGAAGAUCCUGCAAAUACAAACUUCUUAAGCACAUUGAAGGUUACUGGAAAUUAUGCUUCCAAUAUGGAAAAUUUUAGACAGCAUUCUGCAACUGUCACUUCUGCUCCUAGUGGUUUAUUCUCUACUGCACCUGCUGUGCAAAUUCCAUCUGCCUCUCAUUCAACUUCAUCGAUAUCAGGCUUCCCUCUUGACUCUCUUGAAACAGCCAAGAGUGGCAAUCAAAUCAUUAAUCUUGUUAAGCCUUCCACGUUUUUUGCAUCGACGUCUUCAUCUUCACUGUUAGUUCCACCUAUUUCUUCAUCUGUGCAACCUAGUGCAGCUGUUCAACAUUCCCUGAAUCUGCCACGCCAAUAUGGCACUCCAGUACUUCAACCCUUCCCUCCCCCUAACCCUCCUCUUUCUCUUACCCCUAUUUCAAGCUCCACUCCAAAUAGACCUGUAUUCAGCAGGGAUAAUGUCCGUGAUGCACUUUUAUCAUUGGUUCAGGAGGAUCAAUUCAUUGACAUGAUGUUCCAGGCAUUACUGAAGGUGAGUCAUUCAUGAGUAAUCAAACACUGAAGGUUGGAUGGAAACUGCAUAUAAAGUUAGUUCUGUAUAUUGUAGUUACACACCGUCACAUCUAACAGGAGGUGUAACCUAGUAUAGACAUCCGUCCGUCUUUAGCUUUAGCCACAACUUUGCACGAUACAUCUGUAAUGGCCAAUUCCACAAUAUACUAACAAAUCAUAUGGUGCAUUAAUACACUAUGAUCUUCACCACUGACUUUAUGUGUGUAUACGUGAACUAGUUAUAAGAGAAAACAAUGGCAAAAAGAAUGAUCUUAAUCACUAUGUUGAUAUAACGAUUGCUCCACGUUUACGCACAAAAAACUAAUGGUGAAGCUUCUGUGUAUUCUUACACUGCAACUCUGUUGUGUAUUGUAGAAAUAGCCGUCUGUAUCUUCACAAUGAUAAAAGUGUUUCGAUGUCAGUGUCGCCUUAUUACCCUUUGUUGUCUGUACUUUGUGGUUUUAAAUACAAUCAUGGUUCUGUCGAUUGUGUCUUUGCAUUAAGUUGGACAAGUCCUCUAUCGACCAAUGAAGAUGCAUACAAUCUCAUGCUUAGCAUGCAGUUAGAUAUAAAUAAAUAAAUAAUUCAAUUUCAAUUUA